UCUCCCGGUUUCUCUUUUGGUACCAAUUUGUAGUUUCCAAAACCCUCACGUCGUCGGUCACCUUCGCUCGCGACCUCUUAAUCACCUUCUAUCGGUCUCCUUCUAUUGCGAAGAGUAAGGCUGGCUCGUUCUAUUGCGAAGAGUAAGGCGGCUUUUCAUUGAGAGGCAGAAGUAAAUGGGAGGAAAAGGAGUAUCAAGAGGUCAUUCUCAACCUGGAACUUCUUCUGGGAAGAAAAGACUGAAAACUGGCGAGACUAAAGGAAAUCUUGAUGAUGUUGUUCUCAUUGAUGUUGACAGUGAUCAAUCUAGUAAUGUUAUUAUUAUUGACGGUCCCGAGCCUAUACAACAGACUUUAAGAGGUUCCAAUGUGCAGAGAAAAGGGAGAAAAUUUCCACUUGAGGGUGUUAUUAGUAUUGACGAUGAUGAAAGUGAUAUCAUGGACCAUCCUGGAAUCAGUGACAAAGGUGGUGGGGAUCUGGAUAGUGAUGCCACCUCAAGUAAAAGAUGUUGUCCUUCCUCUAAGAAUAUGCGGAAUACUGUAGACUUGGAUGGUGAUGAAUGUUGCGUUGUCCAUGAAAAAAGAUCUUCAUUCAAGUUGUCGAAGUGCAAUCAAACAUACUCAGAGAAAACUGCUAGCAGAAAUCGUUAUGGUUUGGAUUCCGAGUUUGAGAGUGGUUCAUCUGAUAGCGAUUGUUCUGAUUGUGAGCUUAUGGAAGGUUCUUUUGGAAAACUUCAUGAACAGUGGAAAAAAGCUUCUUUAAAGAGAAAACAUGAUCUUCCCAAUGGUCAAUCUGGUUCAGAUGAUCAGACCAGUAUUUCUGGUUCCCAUACUGAUAGCCCCACAAAAGUUGAAGUAGAAAAUAGGACAGAAAAGCAUCCAGAGGUCCCUGUUUGUUCAAGUUCUAGCAAUGAGGAUUGUGAAAAGGAAAAUUUGUUUGGCUUCUUUGCAAGUGGUGAUGGAUACAUGCGGAGUACUUCCUUAGGCUCUGGUAUGGAGAGCCCUUUUGUGAAAUUUGAUCAUAGAGAUCCUCCUCUCAGCCAUGGGUGGCAGAGAUGCAAUCAUGUUAAUAGUGGUGGCGGUGGUUUUUGCCGUGGAGAACAAAGUCAUCGAAGACAUCCUUUAUCAACUGAUCAAGGACAGAGUGAUAAACAAUCUAAAUAUGCAAGGUCCAAUCAAGAAGGUGAAAUACAUGCUGGUCCUGAUAGAGUUGUAUCAACGAACAAAGAUGGUGACUUUCCACAGGCACCUUCUAGUUGCAAUUCCUUUGAUGAAACAAAUGAUAAUCUUGAUAGAGUCACGACAAAUGAAGCUGGUGGCAAUGAAGAAGAACAGGUUAAUGGCAUUGGCAAUGGUUUUUGCAAUGAAGAAGAACACCAACCCCAGAGUUCUUUAUGGUCCAACCAAGAGCAGGGUGGUAAACGAUCUAAAUGUGCAAGUUCCAAUGAAGACAGUGAAGUACAUGUUAAUCUUGAUGGAGGAGGUAUAUUCAGGAACAAAGAUGACGGGUUUCAAUGGGCACCCAGUUGCAGUAAUUUUGAUGAGAAAGAUAGAGUUGUGUCGAAUUCUCGAUCAUCUGGUGAAACACAGUUUGAUAAUGGUGUUGCUUGUGCUGAGUACAAAGUUAGAGCUUUUCCUGAAGAAUCUUUCUUUUGCAACAUCCCAUUCAAAGGCAAGUCAGGAGUCGGUAAUGAAAAAUUUUUUUCUAAAGAAAAGGUUAUAGAGGAUUCUGAGCAAAGACAUUUUAGCAACACUCAACGUACUGAAACACAUUUGGUGGAAGCAAAAAAGGCAUAUGAUGUAAGGGAUCAAUUACUUGCCCAAGAUGGUGAUGUUACUCCCUCUUGUCAAACAGAUAUAAUUAAUGAACGAGAAAAGCUGAAGGAGACUGAUGAAUACAAGCGAGCAAUUGAAGAAGAAUGGGCAUCUAGGCAGCGACAAUUAGAAAUUCAGGCAGAAGAGGUACAGAGGUUGCGCAAGAUAAAAAGAGCGGAAAGGCGUUUACUGGACAUGCAAAGAAGGCAAAAGCAACGUGUGGAAGAAGUGAGAGAGACUCAAAAGAAGGAUGAGGAAAAUAUGAACUUGAAAGAGCAGCUUCGUGUUGAAAUAAGGAAGGAGCUUAAUAAAUUGGAAAUGAUGUGCAUUGAUAUGGCUUCAUUGCUUCGUGGUUUAGGAAUCGAAGUUGGAGGUGGUUUUUAUCCCUUGCCACAUGAGGUGCAUGCAGCUUAUAAACGAGCCUUGUUAAAGUUUCACCCAGACCGGGCGUCAAAAACAGACAUCCGCCAGCAGGUUGAAGCUGAAGAAAAAUUUAAGCUUAUCUCUCGCAUGAAAGAGAAACUUUUAGGGACUUCAUUUUAGUGAGUGCUAACAGAAGAGUUUUAAUUUUAAUUAGAAAUUUAUCGAUUUCAGUUGCAUUGAUUGUAGCCUAUUUGUGGGGCUUGUAUCCUAGUUAGUUUCCAAUUUUCUUUCAUAUUUUAUCUGAUGUCCCUGAGCCAGUGAGUCAGGUCCCGCAAGUUGUAUUUGUAACACAGUUAUAAUUUUCUCUUAUUCUUUAAGGAAAUCAUUUUCAGCA